GCUUGAAUUUUCGUGGUUCCCAGAAGAAAUGUGUCGCACAAGGAUUUCGGCCGUUUCAUCAGCUCGUCUUCAUUGUUAACAUGUGACUGUCCGUUGGCCUCUCGCAUGUUGGACGCGAUCGCACGGGAUCGUGAGGUAACACGCGGUUUCCGCGUAUCUCAUUUUCACACAACCCGCGCCGAGCGGCCGGCUCCAAUUGAAUUCGCGCGAUCGGUUCUCUCUCUCUCCAUGUAACCCACCGCUAUGUAACCACGUGCUUGAAAUCCUGUCCGGCCGUUGUGAACCGGGCUCCGCGUAUCGUAUAUCGACGUGACUCGGCGUGCUCUCGACUUCCACAGCUCGCAGAUCGGAUAGUCCUUCCUCCACAUCCUCGCGUGGCUCGUCGCUCGUUUUUGAGAGGUCGUGGCGUGACAAAGCGCCGAAAAUUGCUGCUCCUGCAUCGAGAUAUAAAGGCAUGCCGAGAUGACGGAAUUCGUGGACGGUUGGUUCUUGGGCCAUACUCUCGGCGAAGGAUCAUACGGCGAGGUGAAGCUGGUGAUCAACAGAUCAACUGGUGAAGCAGUCGCCAUGAAAAUGAUCGACAUUGAGAAACAUCCAGAUGCAAGGUAUUCAGUACGCAAGGAAACUGCUAUUCAUCGUAUGUUGUCAAAUCCUAAUAUUAUACAAUAUUUUGGAAAGCGUAGCGAAGCUAACAUGGAAUACAUAUUUUUGGAGUAUGCUUUAGGUGGAGAACUGUUCGACAGGAUCGAACCCGAUGUUGGAAUGCCAAGGUACCAAGCGCAAAAAUAUUUCAGGCAAUUGAUUUCUGGAGUAGAGUAUCUACACGGUCGAGGGGUCGCGCACAGAGAUCUCAAGCCGGAGAACUUGCUUCUAGAUGGUAAUGACAAUUUAAAGAUAAGCGACUUUGGAUUAGCUACGAUAUACCGUCUGCAGGGUAAAGAACGUCACCUGGAAAAGAAAUGUGGAACAUUACCUUAUGUUGCACCAGAAAUAUUAGAAAGAACAUAUUUGGCGGAACCAGCAGACAUAUGGUCUUGUGGAAUUAUCCUAGUAGCUUUAUUGUCUGGAGAACUGCCUUGGGACAAAGCCUCGGCAGAGUGUCCCGAAUACGUUGCGUGGAAAAACGGGAAGUACAUGUCGUUGACACCAUGGAAGAAACUGGAUAAUACGUCAUUAUCAUUGAUCAAAAAUAUUCUCGCGGACUCGCCGUCGGCGCGAUACAAGAUCGCGGACAUCAAGCAACACAGGUGGUUUGUCACAAGUUUCAACAGAGGGGACGAGCCAGAUGGACGAAAUCCAGCAUACACGGAAGAUGAAAAUCUGAGAAAUGUUUGUCUAUCGCAACCCGAAUUGCCGGGUAUGGAAAGUAACAGUGUUAUUCAGUUUAACUUAAACGGGCGACCGGCGUUUUCGUUUUCUCAGCCAGCACACGUGGAGGAUCUUUUGUUGUGUACGCAGUUACAAGCUAUGCAGCAAACGCAACCAAGCCAGCAAAAUACCCUUCAGAAACUAGUCCGCCGAAUGACCAGGUUUUUCGUUAAAACGGAGUGCGGGGAUGUCAUAAAGAGGUUAAUGAGAAUCUGCGCGAAGGAGAAUUAUUCUUGUCGCGUUAACGAGUGCGGAACGGUUACUAUAUCGACGAUAGAUCGACGGAAAAUGACACUUGUUUUUAAAGUGAACUUUAUAGACAUGGACGGAAACAUACUGGUCGAUUUCCGUUUGUCGAAAGGUUGCGGCUUAGAAUUCAAGAAGGCGUUCAUCAAGAUCAGAUCCGCCUUAGAGGAUGUUAUUCUGAGGAAUUCCAUUGCGUAUUCGAAAUUACAAUAGCUAUGAGAGGCUCUUAAUAUGCUGACCGCCCGUGAGAUUCAUCGGUGAUCAACGUUAUGAUUUUGCUGCAUCUCGUUGGUUUACGCGUCGAGCACAAUUGAUCGAACUUGACUAGUUGAAUACAGGAUCGGUAGGAAAUGAAUAAAAAUCAGCUGACGAAUCACAUAUAUCUGACGGCUGAUGUAUUCACCAUGGCUUUUACAGUCUUCAGUUGAGUUCUUCGAAUAAUUCGUGUGAAAAUCGACGUGGCAGUCGACGUAUCAGAAUCAUGUGAAAAUGUUUGUAUUCCUUUUUAUAUUUUUCCUGCAAAUAAAACAUUUUGUACAUUCCUAAA